CUGGUCCGAAAAGAAGGAGGAGUGUCUUGAUGAGGAUUGAAGAAAAGAGGAGAGAGAGAGUCAUACGUUAAUUGACUGUUUGAUCUCCUUUGAUUCUUCGUCGCGGAUAUAUAGUGAUUUUUCCCUUUGGAUUUACUUUCCCGUCCGGCGAAUCGCCGGUACUUUUUCGUGAUCUCGCCGGAACAGUCUGCUUUUCGUCGGAUUACGAUUCGUUUCUAGCAAUUUCGGUAUUCAACUUGCAACAAAUAUGGUCAAUUCUCUAGUCGACCGAGCCACGAGCGACUUGCUCAUCGGCCCUGAUUGGGCUAUGAAUAUCGAGAUCUGUGACAUUUGUAAUCGCGAUCCAGCGCAAGCUAAAGAUAUUAUAAAAGGCAUUAAAAAACGUAUUACGAGCAGGAAUUCAAAAGUUCAACUUCUUGCCUUGACACUAUUAGAGACAAUUGUAAAGAAUUGUGGAGACAUUGUCCAUAUGCAAGUGGCAGAGAAAGACUUGCUUCACGAUAUGGUGAAAAUAGUUAAAAAGAAGCCUGAUUUUCAUGUCAAAGAGAAGAUAUUGAUCUUAGUUGAUACAUGGCAAGAAGCAUUUGGGGGUGCAAGGGCAAGAUAUCCACAGUAUUUUGCUGCAUAUCAGGAGUUGCUGCGUGCUGGGGCAGUAUUCCCUCAGAGGUCUGAAAGAGCUGCACCAGUGUUUACGCCUCCACAGUCACAACCUCUAGCUUCACACCCACAAAAUCUUCGUAUUCCAGAGAAUCAACAAGAAGCAGCUGAGCCAUCUGCAGAGGCUGAGUUCCCAAGCUUGAGCUUGACGGAAAUUCAAAAUGCACGAGGUAUUAUGGAUGUGCUUGCAGAAAUGCUCAAUGCCAUUGAUCCAGGAAAUAAAGAGGGUCUAAGGCAGGAGGUUAUUGUGGAUUUGGUUGCGCAGUGCCGCACAUAUAAGCAGAGAGUGGUGCACCUGGUUAAUUCGACUUCGGAUGAAUCCUUGUUAUGUCAAGGACUUUCGCUCAAUGAUGAUUUGCAGAGGCUUCUUGCAAGACACGAAGCCAUUGCUUCAGGAACACCUGCCCCAAGAGAGCAAUUGAAGCCUGAAUCAGAUGGCACUCUUGUCAAGGUUGAUGGUCUUCUAAUUGAUACUGGAGACAAUAAAAAACAAGCAGGAUCUGCCUCCAGUAGCAAUGCAGGGGUACAGCUCUUGGUUCCAGCUUCUUCUGCUUCAAAUCCUAAAAUGGACUUGCUGAGUGGUGAUGAUUUCUCUUCACCUACAGCCAAGAACUCAUUAGCCAUUGUCCCUGUGGGAGGACCUCAACCAAACAGCCCUGUAGCUAAUUCUGAGAACGCCCUUGCUCUUUUAGACAUGUUUCCUCAAAGCAAUAAUAGUCAAUCAGUUUCUCAGCCAGGGCAAGCAGCGUACCCUUCAACACCCCCUUCAUAUCCUCCUCAGCAGCAGCAGAUUUUGCAAUCUUCUCAAACCUCUGUUUAUACAAAUGGUGCUGCCCCAAACACAAUGGUUCCUCAGUAUGAGCAGCAGUCAUUAUAUAAUCAAGGUGCUAAUCCGGCCUGGAAUGGACAUGUUGUCCAGCAGCAGCAACAGCAACCGGCUUCUCCUGUCUAUGGUGGUCAAAGCAGUAGUAGUAGCUCACUUCCACCACCACCAUGGGAAUCACAACAAACUGAAGACAGCAAUAACAGCCAAUUGCAGCCACCACCGAGCCAAUACCCACAACCACCACCACCGAGCCAAUACCCACAACUGCCACCACCGAGCCAAUACCCACAACCGCCACCACCGAGCCAAUACUCACAACCACAAAGUAUGCUGCAAGUGCAGGUCACCCACCAGCCAAUGGCAAUGGCAGGAGGAGGCAUGUACAUGCAUCAUCAUCAUCAUCCAUUGACAGAAAACACUGUUCCUUCCAUGAAUAUGAAUAAUAAUAACCUCCAUCCUCAAUUCAUUGCUAGACAACAACAAAUGUAUUCCCAUCCUCAGAUGCAGAUGCAGCAGCAAAUGGGGGGUUAUAAUAAUAUUUAUCCCCAACAGCAGCAACAACAACAAAUGUAUGGCCAACAGAUGGGUGGAUUUGGGUAUGGCGGCUACAACAUCCAGCAGCCGCAACAUAAUCAUCAUCAACAUCCUCAGUUUCUUGAUCAAAGAAUGUCAAAUCUUUCAGUCAGGGACGACAGCACUUUGAAGAUUCCAACACCAUCCUAUAUUCCUCCUGGGAAACCCAUGAAGGCUGAGGACAAGCUAUUUGGGGACCUUGUUGAUAUUAACAAGUUCAAGCCAUCAUCAGCAAAAGCUACAACUACUCCAGGACGGGCAGGGACCAUGUGAUUUUUCAUAUUAAAUCGUGGGUCGGUCUUCUUGUGUACCAGUUUUUCGUUUUCUUAAAUUCCUUUUAUUUUUCUUUUGAUUGUUGGUGGUGUUUUUUACCUAGUAGACCAGACUAUCUAUAAUUGUGACAUGUUUGCUCUGAUUUGGAUUGAAUCAUGUACAUUCCUUUAAUAGACUAGUGCCUUGUGUGAUAGAAGGCAAAGAAUAUGAACCUACCUGCCUUCUUUUUUUCUAUGCUUGAAAAUAAUAAAUACGGGAUUUUUUUUUUU